AUAUUCUGAAAUACUUUUCAGUUAUCAGCAAAAGAAGAAGAUGUCAACAAUAAUAUUAGUGACCUUUCUUUAAUGAAGGAAGACAUGCGUGCAACAGCAGAGAAAUGUGCAAAGAUCUUCAUUGAAUAUUCUGCUAAACGAAGUGAGGUGCUGAGUCUGCGUGAGAAGCUAGUGAAUCCAGAUGCUGCCUGGGGUGAUGCCGCCAGCUCAGCUUGGGCAGGUAAAGGGUUUGGCAGUGGUGGGGCUAGUGCCUGGAAUAGUGCAUGGCCCCCCAGUCAGCCCAGAGAUGCAUGGCCCAUUAGCGGAGGUGAUGAUAGUGGCGCCCCCACCAGUAGUCCACAGCCUCUGCAGGAGCAGCAGCAACAUGCAACAGACCAUCAACCUCCAGCACGUCCCCCGCCCCCUUCCACAACCACCACCAUGCCCUUUAUGUCCACUACUGGCACUUUAAAUGAGAAGCCGGCAGUACCCCCAGCCCCCCGGGAAGUUGAAGGCCUCACUACUGCCAACUCCACUACCGUCAUCAACAGUACCAGUGCUGUGGGCUGGGGGGCCCGCAAUACCACACCCCCUUCUUCCUCCACUACCACCACAGCCCCUUGGGGGGUGUUCUCCACCACUACUACCACCACCACCAUCACCACUACCACCACCUAUUCUACCACUUCCACCACACACCCAGGUAUACCCUCUAACACACAUCCAUCAUCAUCCUUCUUCUCAGUCUUGAAAUGUUCAUGUUGUUUGAUUCUUCCUUGCACUCAUGCUGGACCUCUUAUUGCUGCCUUACCAUGUUGCACCUUUAUUUUCAUCUUUAUCAUAAGAUAAGAUAAAUAUUAAUAA